UAAAAUAAAAUAAAACCCCGAAAAUGGAAUCAUCUAAAUCAGAUAAAACCGAAAAAUCAAAAAAUGAUGAAGAUACAACUUCUACCGCCCCCGAAUCAAAAGACAAACAAAACUCUCACAAAGGACAUCGUAAGCGCAAACGAAAAUUUCUAAAUGCCAUACGUGAACAAAUGGAAUUCUAUUUUGGUGAUGCAAAUUUAUCCAAGGAUCGAUUUCUAAUGCAAUUAAUUGCUCAAGAUCCUUUUGUUCCAAUUGAAGUAUUUUUAACUUUCAACAAAUUAAAAAAUCUUACCACCUCCACGGCUGACAUUGUUAAAUCCUUGUCAAACUCGCAGCUCCUCGAACUGGAUUCGGAGCAACAAAAAGUUCGUCGCAAAACUUCAUUACCCGUUGAUCGGAAUGUCGAUCACAAAACAAUGUACGUGGAAUCACUUCCACCUACCGCCGAUCACGAAUGGGUGAAGAAUAUGUUCUCUCGAUUCGGACCAAUUGCAUAUGUAUCUCUUCCAAGAUAUAGCAGGUCUAAGAAAAUUAAAGAAUUUGGUUUUAUUGAAUUCGAAGAAGAAUCAAGUGUUGACAAAGCUGUUAAAGCAUUUCGUCAAUUUAAUGGUGUCCUCUGCAUGGAAACCUCUGAUCCUGCAGAGCUUAUAAGUGUCAAGUCAUUUAUCCGAGAACAAAAUCAAGAAAAGAAAGAUCAAGAAGAGAGAAAGGGAAAAAAGAGAAGAAUUUCGAGUGAAUCUAGCAGCCAAACAGAUUCAAAACGCUCCAAACUCGAUUCGGCUGAUGAAGGAGCAACUUCAACAGCAGCAGAAACAGAUGACCAAACUGACAAUGAUGGCGAAGGUAGUAAACGUCGCAAACGAAAACACAAGAAAAAGAAGAAGAAGUUAAAUCCCGAUGAGGAAGCUAAUCCUGAUGCGGACUUUGUUGAGAUUCGAGUAUUACCCAAAAAAGAUUGGAAGAGAUUGCGAAAUAAAUAUCUCAAUAUGCAACGUGAGAAAACUGCCGAACUCAAAAGAAUGGCUUGGAAGAACUCCCAAAAUGAAAUGGACACUACAAAGCCCGUAGAAAAGCCUACCAAAAAACUCGAAAAAAUGAACAUGAACUUUUAUGGAGCUGGCAAUGAAAACGAUGAGAAUCAAGCGGCUAAAUUUAACGAUCGCUCUAAUGAUUCCCCAAAAUUAAAUCCAGCCAUAGAGAAGGCACCAUUGUUUUCCUAUGAGCCGGGUUUGAUUGUUGAAGCUGGCUUCUUGGAGCCUUGUGUGACUUUGAAAGAAUUCAAAGCUGAUAUGAGACAAUAUGAAACUGUUAAAUAUGUUGAUAUUAAAGAAGGAGCUAUGUCGGCAUUUUUACGCUUAGAUUCAGCUCAAUCGGCAGUGAAUUUGGUCAAACAAUUAUCAUGUGCUGAAUAUAAUUGUAAAGUUCUAAGUGGUGAGGUAGAAAGUGAAUAUUGGGAGAAGAUUAAAGAAGAUCGAGAAGCAAAAUUGAAUAAAAAGGUGAAGAUACCAAGUAAACGUGGUAGAGAGAAGAUGAAGAAGGUUAUAUCGAAACAUAUUCGAUUUGGUGAUGAUGAUGUUGAUUGAAUGU